CUAUUAGUUGUUUUAGAGACGUAGUUAUUAUUGCAGAUAUAUCGUUAUAAAUAUGCAGUUUCCAAGCUCGGAGCCAAGAGUUUUAAAUAGAAUUGAUAAUCUAGAUUUUCCUUGGCGUGCCUUCCCCCAGCCACUGAUAAUCGGGGAGUAUUCUGUAGACGGUGCCCGAGAAGUGGUUUUUGACCGAAGUCAGUUGCAGAUAUUUAAACCAGUUUCUGCACAGAGAGUCAGGUUUAAUCUGAAUGAUGGUCUGCGUGAAAGAGUACCAAAAAUGGAAAAGUUUGAGGGAUUGGAUAAUAUGUUGAAAUGGAUUCUUCACACCAGGCAACAGACGAAGGAAGAUCUGAAAUCAGAUUUUGUAUGUUACAGAGGUGCUCUAAGUACUCUCAUGAAAACUCCAUAUGAACAGGAAGAGGGCUGGAUAAUUAAAGUUGUCAAGUUCAAUGGAACAGUUUAUAUGAUGCAGGUUGAUACAGAGGAGCAGAGUGGGAGAAGGAUGCAGCAACAGGAAUCGGAGAGGGAUCAGAAGUUCACAGCCUGGGGGUACAAGUUUGAACAGUUCAUGAGUGUUCAGGUAAUAGUUCAUGAUUUUUUUUUUAAUUGCCAGGACUAA